AUGGGUCAAGCGCCUUCAACCGAGAAGAGACCCGAGCCGAAGACUUUCGAAUAUGGACCCUGGCAAGUGGCCGGGUUCCUGAUGGUCGGGACUACUCUCUGGAUGUCUUCGAUCGAUAACUUGCCACCAGAGGCGUAUGGCUUCUACUUGAUGUUCUCAAGGGCGACUAUAUUAGCAGUCGUGCUGCUACUCUGUCAUCGGAUGUAUGUGAGCUGGGCGUGGGAGGCAGAGGUAAAAGCUUGGAAUGCCAAGCAGAUUGCGGCUUCAAAAAUAAAGAAGGUCAAUCAUGGCGAGACGGAGUUUUCACGAAAGAUACCAUUCUCUUUGUGGGACACAGCCUCCCGAGCUCACCCUACUUUUUUAUCAACAUCCCUGGUUCAGCCGCGCUUGUUUCCUUUCCCCGUAGGAUUGGCUUCGGCCGAGAACAAGAAUAUGGUUUGGGAGAGCGGGUUGCAACCUCAUGUCGGUCGCUUCCAAAUUGGAGAGGCGUAUGACAAGAAACGCAGGGAAGCCGCGACCAAGAUCAUCUCUGAGCGCCUCAAGAAGGAAGACAAGGCAAAGAAGGAUCGUGGAGACUAUUACACCGAGCAAAAGAGGGUUUUGGAGCACAGGAUUUGGCACAUCAAAGUCCUCAGCUCGAUUGCGGUUUUGGCUUUUGCAAGCAAGAAACUGGCAAUGAUCGCCUUGGUACCCUUCAUGUACUCAAUCUUCCAGCACGAGAUGCGUAUCCUUAUCGAAGGCAAGAAGAGUACGUUCAAGGCGGAAAAACGUCCGAGAGCGCUCAAACAGGAGAAACCGAGCGAGGAAGCUCCAGGAAUGGGUCUGUCCUACAUGUACAAUCCAGGAGAGGGCGGCAAGCUCGAACCCCUCCAAUGGGCACCCAUCCUUGGCAACGCUCCGGUUCUGAUGACCUCGACCGAACCAGAAUUAGCUGGGGACGGAGCAGUUUCAAAGACUUUACCAACCUGGUUCAAAUACCCAAAAGCUUCCUCUUCUUCUAAGUCCUCUUCGAGCAGGAGUGGUGGGAUGGACAGCAUGGCAGGGCUGUCCAUGUAGACGACAAAAGUAUCAACUUGGCAGGCGGUUUACUGUAAAUAACUGGACAU